AUUAGGUAUUUACUGAUACUUUAGGUAUCGAAAAAAUUAUAGUAGUUCAAUUCUUCUUCCGGUAUGGAGUCAAUUCAUAUUCCAGUGUAAUGCUCAAGUGCGUGAUGGAGGAACUCAUAAGGUGUAUUUGCAGUUAAAAAGAUAAGACACGGGUGUCUAGUAUCUGUGAAGUAAAACGGAGACGUCCUUGGUGUGUAUGAAGUUCUGUCAAUUGGUACCAGUGAAGCUGGCAGAGGGAUGGAGUUGGUACCAGUGAAGCUGGCGGAGGGAUGGAGUUGGUACCAGUGAAGCUGGCGGAGGGAUGGAGUUGGACCACAUCCUGAUGAUGGCUGCUAUAGCUGAUAUGUGUGAGAACGAACAGUUGGACACUCACAUGGCUGUCGCUAAUUUUACCUGUACAGUAUGGCGACCUAUCUGUCUUUGAAACUACUGUUUGUAAUAUGGAUUUUGGAUGAAAUGGUAUGUGUUGUGUGGAGUAGCAGGGAUGGUGACUUUGAUUAUGAUGAACUUCCCGGAACACAACACGAAUUCAAGAUAGAAGUGUCAGCUGGAAAGGAGGAAUGCUUCGCUCAAAAAGUGGCAUCAGGAGCUAUGUUUCAUGUGCAAUACGAGGUUUUAAGAGGCGGAGAUAGAAUUAUCGAUAUGAUAAUGCUUGAUCCGAGUCCCAAGGUCGUCCAUCAUGUGCCUUCCAAAUCAGACGGAUUUAUGACCCACAAAGCCAAAACGGAGGGAUACUACCAGUUCUGUAUAGACAACACAGCCUACAGGUUCUCCACAAAGCUAGUGUAUGUCUACAUUGUGACGUAUAUAAUGGAAGAGUGGGCCCAGUAUAUGGAGGAAAUCCAGAGCGUCAGUCUCACCGUACAGAACUUCUCAAGAUCGCUGACUGGUGUACAGACCUCUAUAGAUACAGUCAGAUUCUACCAAUCAGAGAGUCGUAUGCACGUGAUACGAGAUUGGUAUCUAGCAAUCGGCAACAACAGCCACAUUAUGUAUUGGUCCGUCUUCCAGAUCAGCGUCAUCAUCAUUACGUCAUUAUUCCAGGUCGUCUGCCUUCGACGAUUGUUCCGCACAACAGCAAUGACUCCUUCCUCCAAACCAAGAGCGUAACAACCAAGUGGCAAUCAGAAAGAUACUUUAUUUAGAUAUACUAUAACAUCAGUAUAAGAUAAAUACUUAGUACUUGUAUAAAGUAUGUGACAAGUCCCUGGGACAGCAAUAUACUUGCGUAACUCAUGUUUUUGCGCAGUUUGACAGAUACUAUUUGCUUAAGGGGAUAUACUGCAUCGUCAUAAUGGCUGACUUCUUUUUAAAGCAAAUGAAAAUAUAAAUAUCAGUAAUAUUUGUAUAUUCCUUAAAUUGGGUAGUUCAGUCGGUUAAUGUGUCGACUGCUGAUCUGUAGAUCGCGGGUUCGAGUCCAGCAAGUUAUCAUUAUUCCUUUACUUUCUACUAAAACUGCAUUUUUUGACUAAAUAAAGUAAUUUUGAAAGUAUUGAAUUAAUUUUUUUUUAUUGUACUACAGAUCCUCCACUUUUCAUCCAUAUCAAAUUCCUUUGGUGUGUUAUUCAUCCUUAAAAUGACGUGAGCAACGAUGGUUAACUCUUUAAUUACAUUGCUUAUACCGGUAUUCAAAUCAAAGUAAUCUCAUCAGCUCUUCUGUUUUUAAGGAAACAAUAGAAAUGAAGUAUAUCAGAUAAUUUCAAUUAAAUUUAAAAAAAAAAAAAGGACUGUGUAUUGUUUGGACUUAAUUCAAACCCCUAAAAUUACUUUAAAUUUAAAGUCUUGCUGGUAUUUUUUUCCCUGUAAACAUAGAGCGUUUUGAAGAACAUCCUUUAUGUUGGUACUGUAUGAUGGAGCAAUAUUAAUGAUAGAAAAAUAAAUCACAUUCUCUUGAUCUUUCGAUGUUUUUGAAAUAAAGACUUAGAAACCAA